AUGGCCAAGGAGCCCAGAGGCCGGGCCCCGGUGUGCCCCCUGGGGGCCACUCUGCUGCACCCAUCCCAUGCAAACACCCGCAGCCGCCCAGAAGCUGUGCCAGCCCCGCCAAGGCUGCCGCGUAAGGAGCACGCCAGCUGUGCCACCCUGGGCUGUCGUCAGAGCCGGGCCGGAUUGCUACAGAUUAAACCACCAAACUACCGCGCUGCCUCUGACCCACCUGCUGCCCGCUGUGCCGGGUGCACACGGCCCCGGGGGCCAUCACCCCCACACUCCUGUGAAGUGGCCACAUACGAGCCCCCACUGAGUGAGUACCCCGGAUGGGCCUUCCACUCCGAGGCUGGCUUCGGAGAUUCUAAAGGACGAGGCCGGAGUCGAGAAUGUGACCUCUGUCCGGGCACACGGGACCCGGCCAGGGGGCUGUCGCUCGGUGUUAGGGCGAUGGUGGUACGCUCUGCGUGCCCCCCAACAGUCUACCGGGUCCAGACCCGCGCUAACACAUUGCCGCACAGCAUCGAGAGGCCCGUGUUCGGGGCACUAGGGGAGCACGUCCGUAGGAGGCAGGUGGAGUGGGGGCCUGCGGACACAGCUGAGCGUGGGCGGCCCUCGGUCAUCAGAACGGCCCUGCUGGGGAAGGUCAUGGAGAAGACGCGCCGCGCCCACCGGCUGACCCGGGAGCUGGACCCAGGCGGUCCUUGGGGAAUGGGACCCGCAGGCGGCGCCCGCUGGGGAGGCAAUUGCCCGCGGGCCGCCAACAUUGUCACUCCAACAAGAAGGGCGCCCCUGGGGGCUUCAAAGGGCCGCGCCCCGGACGCCCCGCGCCGGCGCACACUCGGCCCGCGAGGGGCCGGCGCGCGGGGCUCCCCGCGGCCGCUUAUACAGCCUCGGGCCGGGCCGGACGCAGCGGGGCGGGCGGGCCGCGCUCCCCGGGCCAUGCCGGGCGCCCCCGCGGUCCUCCGGGCGCUGCUGCUCUGCGGGCUCGCCGCACCCCCGCCCGCGCGGCCCGAGCCGCUCCUCCGCAGCCGCGACCGCCCCGCCCUGGAGCCCGCGCCGCCCCGCCGGGCGCAGCCCAUCGCCGACCUCCCCGCCGCGCAGCGAUUCCUGUCCAAGUACGGCUGGGCCGACGCGCCCCCUGGGCCCCGGGGCCCCCCCGCCGCCGCCCUGGCCCAGGCCGUGCGCAGGUUCCAGAAGGUCAACGCGCUGCCGGCCAGCGGGCGCCUGGACGCGGCCACCCUGGCGGCCAUGAACAGGCCGCGCUGCGGGGUCCCCGACACCCGGGCCCUGCCGCCCCCCGCCGCCCCGCCGCGCCCCAAGCGCUUCCUGCCGCCGCCGCCACCGCCCGGGGCCCCGCCGCCUGAGGUCGCCGCGCCGCGCGGGGUGCCCCGGGCCUUCGCCAAGCGGACCCUGAGCUGGCGGCUGCUGGGGGAGGGCGCCAGCGGGCAGCUGGCCGAGGCCGAGCAGAGGCGCAUCCUCAGGCUGGCCUUCAGGAUGUGGAGCGAGGUGAUGCCGCUGGACUUCCGCGAGGACCUGGCCGCCCCCGGGGCCGCCGUGGACAUCAAGCUGGCGUUCGGGCGGGGCCGGCACCUGGGCUGUCCUCGGGUUUUUGAUGGCAGCGGGCAGGAGUUUGCCCACGCCUGGCGCCUGGGCGACAUCCACUUCGACGACGACGAACACUUCACGCCUCCCACCAGUGACGCGGGCAUCAGCCUCCUCAAAGUGGCCGUCCACGAAAUCGGCCACGUCCUCGGCCUGCCGCACACCUACAGGGCGGGAUCCAUAAUGCAGCCCAACUACGUUCCGCAGGAGCCCGUGUUUGAGCUGGACUGGUCAGACAGAAAAGCAAUUCAGAAGCUGUACGGUUCAUGUGAAGGAUCAUUCGAUACCGUGUUUGACUGGAUUCGCAAGGAGAGGAACCAACAUGGGGCCGUGAGGAUGAGAUUUAGCACCUACUUUUUCCGCAACAGCUGGUACUGGCUUUAUGAAAAUCGAAACAACCGGACGCGCUACGGGGAUCCUAUCCAAAUCCUCAGUGGCUGGCACGGGAUCCCAACACAACACAUCGACGCUUUUGUCCACCUCUGGACGUGGAGAAGAGACGAACGUUAUUUUUUUAAAGGAAAUCAGUACUGGAGAUACGACAGUGACAAGGAUCAGGCCUACACAGAAGAUGAACAAGGAAACAGCUACCCCAAAUUGAUUUCAGAAGGAUUUCCUGGCAUCCCAAGCCCCCUGGACACUGCCUUUUAUGACCGAAGAAAGCAGUUAAUUUACUUCUUCAAAGAGUCCCUAGUGUUUGCAUUUGACGUCAAUAGAAAUCAAGUACUUGAUUCUUAUCCAAUGAAGAUCACUGAAGUGUUUCCGGGAAUAGAGCCACAGAACCAUCCCUUCAGGAAUAUAGACUCAGCCUAUUACUCCUACGCACACAACUCCCUUUUCUUUUUCAAAGGCAGUGCAUACUGGAAAGUAGUUAACGACAAGGACAAACAACAGCAUUCUUGGCUUCCUUCAAACGGCUUAUUUCCAAAGCAGUCAAUCUCAGAGCGGUGGUUUGACAUUUGUGACGUCCAUGCCUCCACCCUGACUGUGUAA